GCUCAGGUGUGCGGGGGGAAGAGACGAGUCCGCCCGCUGUAAGGCGCCUUCGUGCGAAAAGUUUAAAAUAUGACCAAAAAUGGAUUUACAAUAAUCUGAAACCAAAAGAUACAUUCAAAAUGGUGAAUCUAGGUGUGUGCUGUGCCAGCCUGAAGGAUGCGAAGGCCCUGAUGAAGAUGGGUUUGGGACAGCUGUUGGUCGGCCAUGUUAACUUCCUCCUGGGGGCGCUGGUGCACGGGGCUGUGCUGAGGCACAUCAACCUGCACACACAGGCCCGUGCCAUGGAGUACGCCAUCUCCAACGUCAUCGCCCUCGUCGCCGGGCUGGUGGCUGUCAUUGCUGGGAUCUCUGCUAUCGUCCUGUCCAAGAACAAGAAGAAGAGGCCUCUGAUCUGGGUGCUGCUGAUGUUCAGCCUGGCGGCUGGUCUCCUGGCAACCGCGGCCACCAUCGGGCUCACCGUUUCCGUGGUGAAGGCCAUCGUCUACAGCGGGCGGAGCCUGCUGAGUCACUGCAAGUUCCCCGACGCCAUUGGCUUCUCCAGCGUCACUAACCAGUGCCCCUUUGACCCCACCCGUAUCUAUGGCACCACCAUCAUCCUGUGGGUGCCUCUGAUCCUGAUGUGCGUGGUGCAGCUGGUGUUCUCGUGCCGUUGCUUCGCCGUGUGUCUGAAGUUCCUGCGUGUGCGCUGGCCGUGUCGCCGCCGGAGACGGAUCGUCAACGCCCGCAGGGUGCGCGUUCAGAGACCAGGGGAAGUGACAUCACCAAGGGAAGUGACAUCACCGCCUCCUCGGCUCCCGGUCCAGGAACCGACGCCGGCGGAGGAGCACGAGCUUCUGAACCGCUCUCCCCCCUCCCCCACGGACUGGGUCUGAGGCUCACUGCUGAUUGGACGGCACACCUGGGUCAAUGGUCAAAUGUGUGUCCAAAACGCACUCAAAGCCAGGUUUUUUUUUUUUUUUCGCCCCCUUCAGAUGGGACUGAACAUAGACAAGCAAUGUUAUAUAUUAUUAAAGGGGGUUGGGUCUUAAGUGAGGUGAAAAUGUGACAUUUCCCUUCAGAGUUGUCUUUGUUUGCCUUGUGUGUGUAUUGCCUGUUUUCCGUAAAGGAGAGAUCCUCUGUGGUGCAUAAGCAUUCAUAAGCCUGUGUCCUCUGACAUAGACAGGUCAUGAGGGUGGGGGCUGUGUCUGUGCAUGUCUGUGCAUGUCUGUGCAUGUCUGUUUGUCUGUGGGUGGCUUUGGGUGGACAGGGGGGUUUGUCUCCAUGGGAUCACCACCAUCUUCACACUGAUCUGAUAUGUAAAACUUUAAACAACUUGCAGUAAUGUACCAGGUUCCUCCCAGCUGAUUCUGAAAUCGGCAUCAUGUUUUUUUUCUUUCUUUAAAAAUUUAUUUUUUUGUUUUUAAUUUUGUGUGCGUGUGUUUCUUUCUCUCCCACUGCCAGGAAAGCCCAGUGUAGCUGCAGGAUGCUAACAACACUAACACUGUGGCCUUAUCAGCAUAAACACUGUAUUAGCGACGUCUUUGCACAGUACGCGACAAUAUUUAGAUUUUCUAAAUAAAUAUAAAUGUCUCGCAUGA